GCUUCUAUUAGAUUACAAUUUUCACAAUUGAUUAAGUCCAAGUCAAUGAAUUGUAUUUUUAAUAUUAUCAAUGAACUGUCAAUCUAUUCAAGUUCAUCAUUAGCCAAUUACGAGUAGUUGAAUAAACAACCUCUUUUAGACUAAAAUGAUAAACAAGCCCAUGUGAAUACAUAUACCAACUUAUCAUGAAGCAUUCACACAAAACAGCAGAAUUAAUAAUUGAAUAAGAAGACUGAGAUGAAAAAUAAUACUAAAGUCAAUGAGUUGUAUUUUAACAAUCUUGAAAUUAUUGUAAAUCCAGAUCUACCUAUUUCAACUACACUUCAUAUACCAAACAACUCUCUUUUCCAUUAUUUCUCAAACAAAGGCUUCUAUUGCUAAACUUCAGACCCUGAAAAGGUACUCUUUAUACAUCAGUCUUGAGAACUUGAAGGGGAAGGAAGGAAAGCAGUGAAAAUUAAAAACAUGGAAAGAGGAAAACAAAAUCAAGAAGAAAGAGAGGAAGAGAAAGCAAAUAACUCAUCGGAAUCAUUUUCUGCUCUUCGCAAGGACGUUGUCAACUUUCUGAAUUUCAUGGAGAGGUUAAAGAAUGAAGAAGAUCAAAAGUCUGUUGACGUGGUCGAUCAAAUUGAAAAGCUGAAAUCAGAGCUGGCAUUUAUUUGUACAUAUGUCCAGCUUUCUUAUUCCGAUUUGGAGCAGUUUGAAGAUAUAAUGACUGUCAAAGGACAAGAGGUUGAGAAUCUGCUUCAAUCAAUUCUGUAUGAUGUUGACAACAACGUCGGGUAUAAAUACGACAUGCAUCAUGUCCUUACUAGCCUCAGGGUUAACAUCAGUCAUUGUAUCAGCUCACAUCAUCAUUAUAAAUCAAGUGCCACCAUGCUUGAGGAGCAGUUGAACUUCCUCCUCCUGAAUCUCCAUCAUCUAUCAAAGUUUCUUGCUGAGCAGAAGUUUCCGUUACUGACUCAGUAUGAGAUUCUUCAGAAUGUGUGUGGCAACAUGAAAGAUUUCCAUGGGUUGAUAGUGAAUGGUUGCGUUGAGCACGAGCUUGUUGAAUAUAUCUUACCUCAGUUUCAAGUCAUGGCUGAGAGAGUAGGACACUUCAUUUGGAAUGAUCAAAUUGAUGGAGAGUCUCGACUCUUCAAGCUAGCACAUCUACUCAUGAAGAUUAUUCCGAUUGAGUUGGAGAUUAUGAAAAUUUGUUUUACAAAUUUGAAAGCUUCAACUUCAGCAGAAAUUGGACGCUUCAUUAAGCAACUCAUGGAAAUCUCUCCGGACAUUCUUAGAGAUUAUCUGAAUCAUCUACAGAAGCAUAUGAUAAAUGUUGUUACCACAACUACUUCAGGGGCUCGAAACAUUCAUGUCAUGAUAGAGUUCCUAUUAAUUAUUCUUUCUGAUAUGCCCAAGGACUUUAUUCAUCAUGACAAAUUAUUUGAUCUUUUGGCUCGUGUUGGAGCACUUACCAGGGAGGUAUCAACUCUUGUUCGCGACUUAGAAGAGAAAUUAAGGAACAAAGAGAGUACUGAUGAAACUAAUUGUGCAACCCUAAAGUUGCUGGAAAAUAUUGAACUCCUCAAGGAAGAUCUAAACCAUGUUUAUCUGAAAGUUCCGGACUCAUCUCAAUGUUGCUUCCCCAUGAGUGAUGGACCACUCUUCAUUCAUCUGCUACUCAUACACUUAGAUGAUUUGCUAGAUUCCAAUAUCUAUUCAAUUGCUUUAAUAAAGGAAGAAAUUGAAUUGGUGAAAGAAGGCCUAGAAUCCAUAAGAUCAUUUUUUGUGAAUGUUGAGCAAGAAUGGUAUAAAGAUCUUUGGGCAAGUGUUUUAAAUGUGGCAUAUGAGGCAAAAGAUGUAAUUGAUUCAAUAAUUGUUCGAGAUAAUGGUCUCUUACAUCUUAUUUUCUCACUUCCCAUUACCAUAAAGAAGGUCAAGCUUAUUAAAGAAGAGGUCUCCGAUUUACACGAGAAGAUUCCCAAGGACAGAGGUCUCGUUGUUGUAAACUCCCCCAGGAAGCUAGUUGAAAACGAGUCAUCACCGGCUGGUAAAAUAAUUGUAGGUUUUGAGGAGGAGACAAAUUGGAUAAUGUGGAAGCUCACCAGUGGACCUGCAGAUCUAGAUGUCAUUCCGAUAACUGGUAUGCCGGGUUCGGGUAAAACUACUUUGGCGUACAAAGUAUACAAUGACAAAUCAAUUUCUAGUCAUUUCGACCUUCGUGCAUGGUGCACAGUCGACCAAGAGUAUGACGAGAAGAAUUUGUUGAAUAAAAUUUUUAAUCAAGUUAAUGGCUCUGAUUCAAAAUCGAGUGAGAAUAUUGAUGUUGCUGAUAAGCUACGGAAACAACUGUAUGGAAAGAGGUAUCUGAUUGUCUUAGAUGACGUGUGGGAUACUACUACAUGGGAUGAGUUAACAAGACCUUUUCCUGUAGUUGAGAAAGGAAGUAGAAUUAUUUUGACAACUCGAGAAAAGGAAGUGGCUUUGCAUGGAAAGCGCAACUCUGCUCCUCUUUACCUUCGAUUACUAAGACCAGAAGAAAGUUGGGAGUUAUUAGAGAAAAGGGCAUUUGGAAAUGAGAGUUGCCCUGAUGGCCUAUUAGAUGUUGGUAAGGAAAUAGCCCAAAAUUGUAAAGGGCUUCCUUUGGUGGCUGAUCUGAUUGCUGGAGUCAUUGCAGGGAAGGAAAAGAAAAAGACUGUGUGGCUUGAAGUUCGAAAUAAUUUGAGUUCCUUUAUUUUGAACAGUGAAGUGGAAGUGAUGAAGGUUAUAGAAUUAAGUUAUGACCACUUGCCACAUCACCUGAAGCCAUGCUUGCUUUACCUUGCAAGUUUUCCAAAGGACACUGCAAUGGAAAUCUGGAUGGUGAAACAUUUAUGGCGUACUGAAGGACUUGUGGAACAGACAGAGAUGAACAGUGUGGAAGAAGUGAUGGAUGUUUAUUUGGAUAACUUAAUUUCCAGCAGCUUGGUAAUUUUUUUCAAUGAGAUAGGUAGGUACCCGACUUGCCAACUUCAUGAUCUUGUGCAUGACUUUUGUUUGAUAAAAGCAACAAAGGAAAAGUUUUUUGAGCAGCUAAGUUCAAGUGCUCCAUCUUCUUCUUCAGAUUUGAUGCCACGUAUAGUGAAAAUGACUUAUGACAGUGAGUUCUUUCGGCUUAACAAUUUUUUCCUGUUCAGUCCACAAAAGAAAAGGCAUUCUGGUAAACACCUCUAUUCCUUGAUGAUAACUGGAGAUGAGCUGGACGAUCGUCUUUCUGAUAUAUGUCACUUAAGACACUUGAGGCUUCUCAGAGUGUUGAACCUGGAUCCUUCUAUCAUUGUGAAUAAUUUUUUGCUGAAUGAAAUAUGCAUGUUGAAUCAUUUGAGGUGCUUAUGCAUUGGGACAGAAGUUAAAUCUCUGCCUUUGUCGUUCUCAAACCUCUGGAAUCUGGAAAUCCUGGGGGUGUCUAAUGAAGGAUCAACCUUGGUACUAUUACCGAGAAUUUGGGAUCUUAUAAAGUUGCGAGUGCUGGCCAUGAGUCCUUGUUCUUUCUUUGAUUUGGAUGCAGAUGAACCAAUACUGAUAGCAGAGGACACAAAGUUAGAGAAGUUGACACAUUUAGAGUAUCUCAAGCUUUCCUAUUCGAAAGACACAGAGGAUAUUUUCGAAAGGUUUCCCAAUCUUGUAGAUCUUACUAUUGAUAUUAAGGAAUCAUGGGAUUAUUCAACAGAGCAAUAUUGGUUCCCGAAAUUGGAUUUCCUAACUGAACUAGAAUCCCUCGAAGUAGUUUUUGAAAGUUCAAACACAAACGACAGUUCGCCCUUUGCAGCGACAAAUAGGCCAUGGGAUUUUCACUUCCCUACGAGUUUGAAACAAUUGCGGUUGCUUGAUUUUCCACUGACAUCCGAUUCACUAUCAACAAUAGCGAGACUCCCUAACCUUGAAGAGUUGUCCCUUUAUGAUACAAUCAUCAAGGAGGGAGAAUGGAACAUGGGGGAGGAAGACACCUUUGAGAAUCUCAAAUGUCUGAAGUUGAGCAAAGUGACUCUUGCUAAUUGGGAAGUUGGAGAGGAAUCCUUUCCAGCACUUGAGAAAUUAAAACUGCAGGGAUGUUAUAUGCUUGAGGAGAUUCCGCCUUGUUUCGGGGAUAUUUUUUCAUUGAAAAUUAUUAAACUUGUAGACAGCCCUCAACUUGAAGAUUCCGCUAUGAAGAUUAAGGAAUAUGCUGAAGAUAUGAGGGCAGGAGACGAGCUUCACGUCGUUGGCCGGAAGAAUAUCCCCUUAUUUAAGUAGCUCUUAAGAAUUAUGUGAGAACAGGUUCUUCUCCAUUCUUUGGCUGUUCUGAUUCUUGUUUGUAAAGAUAUGGCAACUGAGCGUAAUUCAACCUCAAAAGCUAGCAUUGUCCAAGUCCAUAUAAGCGAUCCACCAGUCCACUCCCCAACUAAUGUGGGAUUUUUACCCACUCUAACACCCCCUUCACGCCCAGGCCCAACUAGAGCGUGGAUCGGGAGCCCAAAUGGGGAUGGACCUUGCUCUGAUAUCAUGUAAAGAUAUGACACCAGGGCUUGAUUCUUUGCUGAAUGAAAUAUGCAUGUUAGUUCAUUUGAGGGUCUUAAGAAUUGAGAUAGAAGUUAAAUCCUUGCCUUUGUCUUUCUCAAACCUAUGAAGAUUCUGUUGUGAAGAUCAAGGUAUAUGCUGAAGAUAUGAGGGGAGAGGACGAGCUUCAAGUCGUUGGCCGGAAUAAUAUCCCGUUAUUUAAGUAUCUUUUUUCAGCAUUAUGUGUGAAAAGUGACAGACGAAACCUAGCAGAAUAGACAGUAAGUUGUGCUUUGCUGGGUAGAUUGUAUAUGAUUAAGAAAAUUCUGUUACAGUUGUUAUGAUACAUUUUGUGCGACUUUUGUAUGUUUCUUUUAGAAAACUUACAAGUUUUUAAUACAUGUGUCAUUUGUUGAUUUGUCCA